ACCAUAGAAACACCAUGAAAGCAACUAGUUCUACCCAAGCAACAAAACCUCUCAUCUACAAAUUCUUCUUACUCUCUGUUUUCCUUUCUCUUAUUUUCAUAAUCUUUCUCUUUUCUGGUCAACUUCUAUCUCUUCAUAAUCAACACAUCAAAUCCACCAUUAAUAUUGUCCCCCCGACGUCCAGUCUUCAAAACCAUGCCAACCUCAGAAUGCGUAAUGGUUUCAACACCUAUGAUUCAUAUCUAAAGCACCAAUUAAACAAAACCCUGAAUCCAAAACUGAGAAACUUAUGGGUAACAAGGGACUGGGAACGUAAAAUCGAAGUAUUCUCAAAAUUCUUCAACAAACUGAAAAACCAAAAUCUCCUUGCCAACCAUUCUAAAUCGCUAUGCAUCCGUGCUCGAGUCGGACAAGAAGUUGCCGCGUUAAAACGUGUCGGUGUUUCCGACUCGGUUGGUAUUGAUUUAGUUCCAUUUCCACCAUUAGUUAUACAAGGAGAUUUUCAUGACCAACCAUUCAAGAAUUCUACAUUUGAUUUCGAGUUUUCAAACGUGUUUGAUCAUGCAUUAUAUCCGAGUAAAUAUGUGGGUGAAAUCGAACGGACGUUGAAGCCUGGUGGUAUUUGUGUUCUACACGUGGCGGUAUCUAAACGGGGAGAUAAAUAUUCAGCUAAUGAUCUAUUUAAUGUUGACGGAUUAGUUGGUUUGUUUAAGGUUUGUGAUGUUGUGCAUGUUAUAAAUGUUGAUGGGUUGGGUUUAGACACAGAAAUUGUUCUAAGGAAAAGAAAAUCAUAAUCAUGAUCAAUAUAUGAUAUAUCUAAUUUGAUUUGUUUCCAUCCUUCUUUAGCUUUCGAUAUUUCUUUGGGCAAAGUGGAAAAAUACCCCAUAAAAAAGGCUUAUCUUGGGGACGUGUUUCGUUUUUUCAGAUCUCAGGAAAACGCCCAUUGUGUCAAAUUUCCCAUCCAAUGUCGUCAAGUGGUAAAUCAGCACAAAACACAUGAAAUGCAUAAGAAAAAUAAAUAGAAAAUAAAUUAAAAAAGAAGGAAAAUUAAAAAGCUGCAACAAUAACAGACAAGCCACCAGGCAACACAAGCGAAAACAGAUUUAAGGAGGAGGUUCAACCAUUCAAACAGUAAGCCUUUCCAGUUAGCAAUAAUAUUAAGAGAAGAAAGAGAGGGUAGCAGAAAAGGUGGGAUGCAUUUCCAAACUUCCUUGCCUGAAGAAGUGGUCCAACUUUUCUGAAAACAUCGAAAGGCAAUCCCAGAAAAGGUGAGAAGUUGUUUCAGCCACCAUAUUACAGAAAUAAGA